UGAACAGCGCAGACUCGCAAAGUGACCGUGAGAAGGGGGUUUCACGAAGAACUGCGGUAAUGUUUGUGAGAGACUUUUUGACAUUUUGUUUAGAUAUAUUUUAUAAAGAUAUUUUCUUGAGGAGCUGAGACCUGUUCUCGUGUCGUAAGCACGAUAUCGGUGCUUGGUUGGUACAUUUUAAAAAUAGGUGGUUAGCACAUUGGACUGAUAGUGAUAGAUGAUGGGAGCAGUAAAGGCGGCCAGUGUCCUGAUCACAGGAGCCAACAGGGGUUUGGGUUUAGAAAUGGUCAAGCAAAUCUUGGAGGUCCCCUGUCCAAAGCGCCAGAUUUUCGCCGGCUGCCGUGACCCACACGGGCCAAAGUCUGAGGCAUUGAGGGAACUGGCGAAACAACAUCCAAAUGUGCUGACUAUUACACACCUCGACGUUACUGAUCUCAGCAGUAUCAAAGAAGCUGCCAAUAAAGUGUCUUCUUCACUGGGGACAAGGGGCUUGAAUCUGCUGGUGAAUAAUGCAGCUUUGUGUUCGCGUGGUACUCUGAUGACCGUCAAAGCUGAAAGGAUGCGUGACAUGUUCAACACCAAUGUGAUGGGAACUUUAUCAGUCAUCAGGGAGUUUCUGCCGUAUCUACAAACUGCGGCCAAAGCUAGCGACAUAUCAGGAAUGUCCUGUGAUAAAGCGGCUGUCAUUAACAUCUCUUCUAUAGGAGGAUCCGUGAGCAGCAUGCCUGGCAUUUACGACCAAUUCCCGCUGUUUCCUUACUGUGUGAGCAAGGCUGGUGUUAACAUGAUGACUGCGUUAGCUGCCCACGAAUUUAAAGCAGAUGAAAUCCUCUGCAUAGCCAUUCACCCAGGAUGGGUAAAAACUGACAUGGGAGGGGAAAAGGCAGUUGUUGAAACGAAAGACAGUGUGGCGGGGAUAAUGAAGGUUAUGAGCAAUCUUACAGAGAAUGAACACGGGGGAUUCAUGGACUACACUGGACAACCUAUGCCCUGGUAAAGGCGACAUGCAAAACAUCUCCGAUUUGAAGAUCACCAAAAUUCUUAAUCACGCUCAAGACUACAGCAUAAUAUAAAAAAAUCAUCAUCAAUAUAUAAGACUAUAUUUAUAACAUACAUCUGAUA